GCAAAUACAAAAACAUUUCAAGUAUAUCAAGUUUCAGUCAGCGAGUUUAAAAUCGAAAUUCUAUUUCAAAAUCAAGUACAGCGCGUUUUUUUGCCGGUGUUUGAAACAGCAUCGACAAUAUGUAAACUGCUAGCCUUGGUAGAGUUGGCACUUCUCAAUUUGGACAAAAUAUAUGUUAGAAUAGUUGUAGAAACGACGAAGAAAUUAUGGCAAAUGGUGGCCAUUACGAGCUCGGUUAUGAAGACAUACGCUUCGAAACGGUUGUGAGUCCGAGUUUUUACUGUCCUAUUUGUCUUCUGGUUCUGAGAGAACCAGUUAUGUGUAAAAACCAACACUAUUUCUGCACUUCGUGUAUCAAGAAGCAUUUGGCAAAGUCUGCAUUCUGCCCGACGUGUCUUGAACAUCUCAGUGUCAAUACACUGAAUGAAGCUCCGCGGAUUGUACAAGAUUAUUUAUCUGAGCUGAAUAUUCAUUGUGAUUACUAUGCCAGAGGAUGCUGCGAAAUGGUGAAGUUGAAUCAACUAAAACAUCAUGUGGCAACAUGUGGAUUCGGGCCCGUGCAGUGUUCAAAUGAGGGCUGUACUGCUGACCUGAAUUUUAGAGAUAAGCUCUAUCAUCAAGCCGAAGUGUGUGAUUUCAGAAAGUUGAAAUGUCACGAGUGCAGCCAGCUCAAACAUGAAGCAGUAAAAAUGAAGAGAGAGAUUUUAGCCCGUCAAGACCAGAUAAUGAGAACAAUGAAAGCUGAGAUUUCGGCUUGCCAGAAUGAAAUAAAAAGUGAAAUGAAAGAAGGGAUGAAAAAAAUGGAAAAUGUCAUCAUGAACGAAGUUCUGGAAAUAGUCAACAAAGCUGUUCAGAAUAUAACGGUCGAAAUGAAAGUUACAAGUGCAAGAAUGAAGAAUGAACUGACAGAGAAAAUCAAAGAUCAAUUUCAGUCCAUUUCAUUUUCUCUGUCGACUCUGAUCGACCAAAAGCAAGAGGAAAGAAGGAAAGAUGUCGCAAAAGAGCCAACGGUCGCGACAAAACAAUCAGUUGCAAGGCCCUGGCCUGGUAUUGCGGUAAUAAAAGCGGAGAGACAGGCAAUGAAAAAAGUGGAGCCAUUGGUAGGACUGAAGGAAACACGGGAAGCAGUCCAGCCAUGGGGAGGACUGAAGGAGACACGGGAAGCUGUCGAGCCAUGGGGAGGACUGAACGAGAAACGGGAAGCAUCCGAGCCAUGCCUUCAACUGAACGAGACACGGGAAGCAUUCGAGCCAUCGGAAGGACUGAACGAGAUACGGGAAGCAUUCGAGCCAUCGGAAGGACUGAACGAGACACAGGAUGCUGUCGAUCCAUGGGGAGGACUGAACGCGAUACGUGAAGCAUUCGAGCCAUCGGAAGGACUGAACGAGAAACGGGAAGCUGUCGAGCCAUGGGGAGGACUGAACGAGAAACGGGAAGCAUCCGAGCCAUGCGAAGAACUGAACGAGACACGGGAAGCAUUCGAGCCAUCGGAAAGACUGAACGAGAUACGGGAAGCAUUCGAGCCAUCGGAAGGACUGAACGAGAUACGGGAAGCAUUCGAGCCAUCGGAAGAACUGAACGAGACACGGGAAGCAUUCGGGCCAUGCGAAGAACUGAACGAGACACGGGAAGCAUUCGAGCCAUGGGGAGAACUGAACGAGACACGGGAAGCCAUUCGAGCCAUGGGGAGAACUGAACGAGACACGGGAAGCAUUCGAGCCAUGCGAAGAACUGAACGAGACACGGGAAGCAUUCGAGCCAUGCGAAGAACUGAAGGAAAUACGGGAAGCAUUCGAGCCAUGGGAAGAACUGGAGGAGACACGGGAAGCAAUCGAGACAUGCGAAGAACUGAAGGAAAUACGGGAAGCAUUCGAGCCAUGGGAAGAACUGGAGGAGACACGGGAAACAGUCAAGCCAUGGGGAGAACUGGAGGAGACACAAGAAGCAAUCGAGACAUGCGAAGAACUGAACGAGAAACGGGAAGCAUUCGAGCCAUGGGGAGAACUGAACGAGACACGGGAAGCAUUCGAGUCAUGGGAAGAACUGGAGGAGACACGGGAAACAUUCGAGACAUGCGAAGAACUGAAGGAAAUACGGGAAGCAUUCGAGCCAUGGGAAGAACUGGAGGAGACACGGGAAACAGUCAAGCCAUGGGGAGAACUGGAGGAGACACAAGAAGCAAUCGAGACAUGCGAAGAACUGAACGAGAAACGGGAAGCAUUCGAGCCAUGGGGAGAACUGAACGAGACACGGGAAGCAUUCGAGUCAUGGGAAGAACUGGAGGAGACACGGGAAACAUUCGAGACAUGCGAAGAACUGAAGGAAAUACGGGAAGCAUUCGAGCCAUGGGAAGAACUGGAGGAGACACGGGAAACAGUCAAGCCAUGGGGAGAACUGGAGGAGACACAAGAAGCAAUCGAGACAUGCGAAGAACUGAACGAGAAACGGGAAGCAUUCGAGCCAUGGGGAGAACUGAACGAGACACGGGAAGCAUUCGAGUCAUGGGAAGAACUGGAGGAGACACGGGAAACAUUCGAGACAUGCGAAGAACUGAAGGAAAUACGGGAAGCAUUCGAGCCAUGGGAAGAACUGGAGGAGACACGGGAAACAGUCAAGCCAUGGGGAGAACUGGAGGAGACACAAGAAGCAAUCGAGACAUGCGAAGAACUGAACGAGACACGGGAAGCAUUCGAGCCAUGGGGAGAACUGGAGGAGACACGGGAAGCAUUCGAGCCAUGGGGAGAACUGGAGGAGACACAGGAAGCAUUCGAGCCAUGUGAAGAACUGAACGAGACACGGGAAGUUGUCGAGCCAUGCGAAGAGCUGAACGAGAUACGGGAAACAUCCGAGCCAUGCGAAGAGCUGAACGAGACACGGGAAGCAUUCGAGCCAUCGGAAGGACUGAACGAGACACGAAAAAGAAAAAAAGAAAUGAAUUGUCGUUUCUACACCACUUCGUUCCUAUACAAAGUCAGAUGAUAAUUGCAGGAGGGCUGUUUAAUUUUUUUUCGAACCAAAGAUUUAUAAAAUAAAACCAAGAUUUAUGGAAAUAAAUUAACUCAAGUGUCUUUAUUAUAAUUAAUUUAAAAAGUGUGUUACUCAAUUACUGUAGUUAAUAUUAAUGAAUUUUUGAAAGAAGUGAUAAAAGCAAUCAGUGACAGUGGCUAUGUUGGAGGAAACAUGAUUAGAACAUGCCUAGUAGUUUCUUGGAACAGUAUUUUUCAUUGGCUCUAUUUGCGUUCAGAACAACAAAGUUGUUUCGUUUUUUAGAAACCCUUCCUCCAAUUGGAGGGGACCUUCUGAACAACUCCGACCUUACCCGCGAAACAUGCUCCUAAUACAAUAGCAACUAAUAGUAAGAUUCUUUUCUUACGCGGGUAACAGGAACAGUUGGCACUCUAUCCCUUCCCGCUAAGUUAAGCCCAAAGGAUGUGCUCUAUAAUAGGUCGAGCAUAGGGUAUUUAUUUAUUUAGCUUUUCCCUCAUUCCAUUGCCUGGUUGAUUCUCCCCUGUCCUUCCAGAGUUUCAGUAUUCUUCUUAGGUCUUCAUUGCAUCACAAGCUGUGUAUUAGGCAACCAUCACCAAACGAUCAAUACACAAGCAUCA